AUGGCACCUACCGCUAUCUACACUCCUUCUCCCUCCCAAAUCACUUCAGAAGUCAAGAAAUCCUUAAUGAAUGCAUCGUCACCCCACGAAAUCGUCAAAGGGCCUGUCCUUGCGAUAGGUUCAUUAGAUACUGCUCAAGAUGGAAAGCAGAUGCUUGAUCGGCUCAUUGAUGGAGCGAUAUCUUUGGCUCCAUCAAACUAUACUUCCAUCCAUAUCCUACUCUCCCCAUCAGAAUACACUUCAUUAUCGCCAAGUUUACCAUCUCUCCUUCAGCAGACCCUUGCCGGUCUGACACCCCUGGGAACUCUACACCUUCUUAAUUUAACCGCGGGCUUCCUGAGUCUUCCUCAUGAGUUGACUCUAGCUGGAUUCAUGGUCAUCGAGAGUGUAAGAGAUGGUCCUGAUGCCAGAAUAGUUGCUCAGAAGCCUUUGCCAAUCGCAACACCUCUACCUUCUGCACUUCCUAUCCGGAGAAAGACCGACCCUGCCAAGCAGUCCUCCAAGAAGGCUCUCUGGGCACUCUCAUCGCCAUCAACUCCCACAAUCGAUGCCGAAGCCCUCCUGACAGCGGCAGAUCGCGAACGCCCAGUCCCCACGUGCGAUCCUGUCAUAGUAGGUGCCCCGAGGCGGAAGAAGGCAUGCAAGAAUUGUUCAUGUGGUCUUGCUGAGCUGGAAGCCGAAGAGGCCAAGUCAGGUAAAGUAGUCCUGCUCGACAGCGACAACGCUGUGGAGGUGGAAGCUGGUGACAUGGCGAAGAGUUUGAUCGCUGCUGCUAAAGCUGCUCCCAAGGCAACUAGCAGUUGUGGGAGCUGUUUCUUAGGUGAUGCAUUCCGGUGUGCGAGCUGUCCGUAUCUUGGUCUGCCUGCAUUCAACCCGGGUGAGAAAGUGGAGAUUGACUUCGGGAUGGAUGACAUCUGA